AAAUCUUCCUGACAGGAGGCGGAGGUGUGAUAUGUCACAACGACACACACACAAAUAUACAAACCUAUAGAAAGACGUCGUCAGUCGUGCCUGUAGAUGUUCCUGCGCUUAUAAAUAAAUAGCUAAGGAAUCAACUCGCAUAAUUACAACCUGAUCAGUGAGCCAGACCACCGGUGAAAAUGUCUGUGAAGAUUCUCUCCGUCACUCUCCUCCUGCUCUCAAUGUGUGUGUGCUUCAGCUCCUCUGCAGGUAUCCGUGGUCCUACGAAGAAACGCCCUUGCUGCGUUGAUGUUACCAACCUCGAUAUGAGCCCUGAGGUGGUGGGGGAGACAUAUCGCGAGCAGGCUUCAUCAUAUCCCUGUGUGAAUGCUAUAAUUUUCAACACAGAAUAUGGUCAGCUUUGCGCCGAUCCUGACGCUCAGUGGGUCCAGAAUCUCACUUCCACAAUGAAGAAGGUGCAGUGAAGCACAAGUUCUCUGGUGAAGCAUUGCUGCCUGUCUGUAUCAUCUUUGGCCUCACUUUCAAAGAUAUAUUCAAAUGAGAAUGCUUCCUAAAAACCUUUCAGAUUAAUUAUAUUACUGUUACCCUGUAUUUAAUUCUUGGUUUUCACAUCAGUCUUUCAUGGUGCCAACCAUUUUUUUAAAAGUUAGCAUUUAAGCGCUGUCUUUCUUUGACCUUUUUCUUGCUUAUAUGUGCACUUCAGUUUAUUAUGUAUUUAUGUGAAAAAAAACCCAAAAAAAUAAACUUUAUUAUUG